UAAAUUUUAAGUUGUAUGUUUAGUUUUCUCAUGAUAUCUAAUCAAAACACUUCAGCUUACUAGUCAAUGAAAGAUAACGGCAAUAUAUAUGUUACAUGAUAUCAGUCAGUCUGCUGCAUUUCCCAUGCUAAGAUGAACCUCGCGGUACUUGUUUUGUUAGCUGCUGUCCAUAUCGGACAUUGUCUUCUAUCUGUCGACAACGCCAAAACGUCUACAUCUAUUCCUCAUGGUGGCGUGUCUGGUGGGUCAGACACACCUCUAGACAGCAACAUCAUCCGUGACAUCAUCACGCAGGAAACAGCACUCAGAAUUCAACUGCAGAAAAAUGUAGAGACGUUAAUGAAAGAAUUCACAACAUUGAAGGAGUCGACGACAAAUGAAAUAACUUCCCUUAAACAGAAAACGUCUUCCCUACAUCAGGAAAUCGCAGACUUAAGGACUGAGAACACCAAAUUACGACAGAGUUUUGAUACGCUGAAUUCCUCGUGUAAUCAGGGCUGUCAAAAUCAUGGCUCCCCUGUGGCAGUUUCAGGUGAAGCGUUGAGUUCCGUGAGCGACUUAAAAACACAAGUGAGAUAUCUGACGUUGUCUCUGUUAGAUCUACAAAAACAAUCAAGUGUGUUAAAUGACACCUUACAUGAAAACUUCAGAAAUGUCUCAGGUAAUGUCAAUUCAGGCUUUAAAGACGUAAUGGUAGAGAUUCUAGAUGUCAAAGAAGAACAAAAUAAAAUAAAAUCUUCGCUCGUGAACGUGGAUUCAUCACAUCAACAGAUCACGUCAUCUUUAAGAGAUGACUUAAACAUGACUAUACGGGAUCUGAAAAUUGCCCUUGGCAGAACGGAACGUCAGCAAGCUGAUUUGAUGAACUCUGUAUCAACGCUAGAGAGGAACACUACGUCCCUUAUAAAAUCAAAACUUCCCAGAGUUGGAUUUACAGCUUCAAUGACAGCAGCUGACACGAGUACCACCGUAGGAAGACGAUUGGUGUUUCCUUAAGUUAUAAUCAACGAAGGACACGGCUAUAACCCAAGCGACGGCGUAUUUACUGCUCCCGUGGGGGGCCUCUUCGUCUUCUACUCUUCUCUCGGGUCUUACGGUACUGAAGCCUAUACCUGUGAUAUAGUACUAAAUGGGAAUACCAAGGUCAGACUGUACACUAUGUCAGGCGGUAAUGCUCCAAAUCAGUCGGCGUCAAACAUGGCUGUAGUCCAACUUCAGAAAGGUGACAGAAUUUGGAUGAAAAUGAAAAGUUCAAAUCGCAUUAAUUCGGACUCUUCGUCCAUAUCAACAUUUACUGGAUAUCUAAUAUACAAUUAACAUCCAUUACAAUAUGAUCAAUUCUGUAUACUUUUUCAAUGUGUGUUAGAUAACAGCAUAAUUUACAUCACAUGGUUACAUGAGGAAUAUAUUUUGGUUCCAACUGACAAAGCUAGUAACAACAUUGUCUUUGUUUGUAAGGCUCAUUAUUACAACUGUAUUUUAAACGAACUUGGCAUUAAUUCCACUUUUGGUAAUCAUACUUAUACUCCAACUGCCCUUUCAAAAGACGAAAUUCUUCAAAACCAUGCUUCAGUUUUGGACACAUUUAAUAUUCCAGUCAAUGGGUCGAAUGAAUAUGAGUUACCGUACCUAUACUGGAUUCCUAAACUACAUAAAAACCCUUACAAACAAAGAUACAUUGCUGGAUCCAGUAAGUGCUCUACCAAGCCCCUAUCUUUGCUCCUCACGAAAAUGUUAACAGCUGUGAAGGAGAAACUUCAAACUUACUAUGCAACUACAUAUGCCAGAAAUGGUGUUAAUCAAAUUUGGAUUCUAAAAAAUUCUAGAGAACUUUUAGUAAACUUAAAAUCACAGAAUUUUCCCCAAAUCAAUAGCAUUAAAACCUAUGACUUUUCAACACUAUAUACGACCAUUCCUCACGAUAAAUUAAAGACUAGACUUUUUGACAUCAUAGACAGUUGCUUUUUCAACAAAAACGGAAAACGGAAAUAUUCAUAUCUGGUGAUCAGUCAUUCAAAAACUUACUUUGUUAAACACCACUCUGAUUCCACGCACAAGUACUCUGAAGUUGAAAUAAAAAAUAUGCUAGAGUUCCUCAUUGACAAUAUCUUCGUGGUCUUUGGUGAUCAGGUCUUCCCACAGUCUGUUGGAAUUCCCAUGGGCACGAAUUGUGCUCCUUUGUCAGCUGACCUGUUUUUAUAUUCAUAUGAAGCAGAAUUUAUUCAAAAACUUCUAAGUGAGAAGAAAAAUCUCUCGCUGUGACCUUCAAUUCGACUUUUAGAUAUAUCGAUGACGUUUUGUCUAUUAACAAUUAUAGCUUUCAUUCAUAUGUCGAUUUGAUAUAUCCCUGUGAGCUCGAAAUAAAGGACACCACAGAGUCGUCCACUUCUGCUUCAUACUUAGAUACAUGUAUUUUAUUGAAAGUAGACAUUAACGGCAAACUGACAACUCAACUGUAUGACAAACGGGAUGAUUUCAGCUUCUCCAUCGUCAACUUCCCACAUUUAUGUAGCAAUGUUCCAUUAUCACCUGCAUAUGGUGUUUAUAUAUCUCAACUGAUUCGAUAUGCAAGAGCUUGUUCUGGGUAUAGUCAGUUUUUAAAUCGAAGUAAGCUACUGACAAACAAGUUGAUGGUACAGGGAUUUCAACAGUCUCGAUUGAAGUCAGCAUUUCGCAAAUUCUAUGGUCGUUAUAACGAUCUAGUUCGUCAAUACAACCUCGCAUUGGGUCAAAUGCUGUCUGACGUGUUUCAUACCGAUUCUUAAGCCGUUCUUGGCACACUGAUUUUGACUGCGGAUAACUCCGUUUACCUGAUCAGGAUAUGGGGCUCACGGCGGGUGUAACCGGUCAACAGGGGAUGCUUACUCCGCCUAGGCACCUGAUCCCACCUCUGGUGUGUCCAGGGGUCCGUGUUUGCCCAACUAUGUAUUUUGUAUUGCUUGUGGGAGUUAUGAGAUUGAUCACUGUUCGUUAUCUUCACCUUGCAUGUAAUUAAUACAAAUCAUGGGAAAUUAAAGUCUAUAUUAUAAGGUACAUUGUAGCUUGCUGUUUAAAAAACACGUGAGAGAAACAUACACGUGAUUAAUGUUGAUGAAUACUUCGUGCUGUCUUUUGUUGCUCUUUAUUAUUGUAAUUUAUUCAGUGGUUCAGUUUUCUGUGCAACCUACACACUGUUGUUAUACAUACAGUUUUAACCUACA